AUGACGAUCCAUGACAACCACUAUUACACUGCCUCGAUGCUCUGCAGAAGGACGCCUUCAUUCGUGUCGCGCCUGGUAUCAUCGACAUUGUCGCCAGGAGCGGAUCCUCCAGGGCCCGAUACUCCAGCAGUCACGUCCAACUCAGCUCCAACGGGCGCAGACAGCGUUGGGAGCACAAGGAUCAACCUUAUGCAAUUGCCCCUUGAGAUCCUUGUGGGAGAGAUCCUUGCAACGCUUCCGCUCUCCGAUCUGGCCAGCCUAGUUCGUGUGUCCAAGGGAAUGCAUCAUCUGUGCCAAUCGGACUAUCUGUGGCAGCGCAAGUUUUUCAAAGAAUUUCAAUACCGACCCAGCAAAGCGCUUAGGCAGCUCGGAGGGUGGAAGCGGAUCUAUCAGGCUAUGGAUCGCGUCGAGGUGUAUACAUGGGGUACGAGCGGUUCCGAUAGACUGUAA